AUGGUUAAAAACUAUGGUUUCCUUGUCUGCAUUGUUGUCAUUGUGAUGGAUGUUGUUGCUGGCAUACUUGGAAUUCAAGCAGAAAUAGCUCAAAAUAAGGUGAAGGAUUUGAAGAUGUGGGUGCUUGUUUGUAGGGAUCCAAGCUAUCAAGCUUUCAAGCUAGGACUUAGUGCUUCCAUUCUCUUGGCCUUGGCUCAUGCAAUUGCUCACUUUCUUGGUGGUUGCAUUUGCACAAAGUCUAUAGAAGAGUACAAAAGAGCCACAUCCAAUAGACAAUUAGCAAUGGCUUUCCUCAUUCUCUCAUGGAUACUAUUAGGAGUUGAUUUCUCCAUGCUGAUCAUAGGCACAUUAGCCAACUCAAGAUCAAGAGAAUCGUGUGGGAUAUCAAAUCAUCGAUUUUUAUCUAUUGGAGGGGUUUUAUGUUUCGUUCACGGAUUGUUUACUGUUGCCUAUUUUGUUUCAGCAACGGCCACAAAAAGAGAAGAGUACAAGUGA